AUGGCGUGUCUCCUCCCUAUGACAUUCAAAUCAAGAGCUGACAGUAGCCCACAUGUGUGUACUUUCACUUGCUUCAUCUGCAAAAUAAACUCGCACAACUCAAUUUUUUGGCUUGUUUUUCAGCAGCUGCGACCUAAUCCGAGGGGCUCCCAUCUCCCAAAGCGUCUGAGAGAAAAGUUAGAGGAGGCAAAGAGAAAGAAAGGUGGGGGGGCUGGUGUGGGGGUGUGCUUCACAGCUGAGAUUUGGGGCUCCCAGAGGCGUCAUGCAGAGCCGAUCAUUGUCUCUCUCACACUUUCUAACUAG